CAUACUGUAACACAGUUACACGAGAACCCGUCUACUGGUUUUACCCCUAUGGUUUUACCUUUGUCAUGAAUUGUUUUCAUGUUGUUAGUUAUCUUAUAUUUCAGACACUCCACCGCGACAAAGGUAUGACAAAUGUAAGGCAUUUCUGUUGGUCUGUUGCCAGGCGAACAUUAUUUAUAUCACCGAAAUCUGACACUGAAAGUGCUUCAAAGGGCACUUCAGUAUCAGUUUUACCACCUCUAUCUGAUGAAGCGUCUCUAUAUGUCCACUGGCCGUACUGUCUAAGAAGAUGCUCCUACUGCAACUUCAACAAGUAUAUUUCCCGGUCUGUUAACCAUUCUGCCAUGACUGAAUGUUUGCAGAGGGAGACAGAAACUCUGCUGAAGCUCAGUCAGGUUUCUCGUAUUACUUCAGUGUUUUUUGGAGGUGGAACACCUAGCUUGGCACAGCCUGCCACCAUUGCGGCUGUCUUGGAGAGAGUCUCCCAACAUGUUCAGCUGCCAGAGGAGGCAGAGGUCACCCUGGAGGUCAACCCAACACCCACAGGAUCGUCCAGGCUGAAAGACUUCAUAGAGGCUGGGAUCAAUCGACUGUCUAUUGGAGUGCAGUCUCUGAACGAUGAGGACCUGAAGCUCCUGGGACGAGACCACAGUUCCCGACACGCCCUGCACACCAUCUCCGAGGCUCGCAGGCUUUGCCCAGGGCGCGUCUCGGUGGACGUCAUGUUUGGGCGCCCCGGCCAGAGCCUGGCGUCGUGGGAGACGGAACUGGAGGAGCUGCUGGCGGUCUGCGACCAUCACGUGUCGCUCUACCAGCUGACCCUGGAGAGGGGCACGCAGCUCUUCAAGCAGGUCCAGCGGGGUGAGCUGACCAUGCCCGGCGAAGACGUCAUGGCCGCCAUGUACACAACCGCAAGGGACAUCCUGGAAACGCACGGAUUCCGCCAGUAUGAGGUGUCCAACUUCGCCAGAAGCGGUGCUGUAAGUGAGCAUAAUCUAGGCUACUGGAGGGCACAGCAGUACAUUGGUGUAGGCCCAGGGGCCCAUGGCCGGUUCGUGCCCCACUCAAAGGGGUCCCUUCAGCGGGAGGCUCGUACGCAGACCUUGGAGCCGGACAUUUGGAUGAGCGAGGUUCAGAAGUUUGGUCACGCUACCCGGCGCUGUAUUUCGCUGAGUCACCUCGCGCUGCUGGAGGAGGUGCUGGUCAUGGGACUGAGGAUGACUGAUGGAAUCACACACCAGCACUGGGAGCUGUUCUGCCCUGAUGAUAAUCUCCAUGCAGUUCUGGGUCGGUCAGGAGAUGUUCAGGAACUACAGCAGAGGGGACUUGUGAUACUUGAUGACAGGGGUCUACGGUGUUCCUGGGAAGGGCUGGCCUUGCUGGACAGCCUGCUGCCCACUCUGUUACUGCAGCUAGAAACCUAUGUUCGCAGUCAGGGUCGCCGUGGGAACGAGGACUCGGCUGGACCGCAGCACAGAGACGGGCAGCAGAGUAGGUGACCUACAGACAGAAGGACCCGCAGUGGCCUUCAGUACAGAGUCUGCCUGGACUGACUAAACAUCCGAUUGUCAUCAUCACUGCAUUCACCUCAGAGGCUUCACCCCCAAACUCUUUUCUUUUUCUGAACGGAAUGUUUUUUUGGUGCAUUCAUGUCGGGGUAUGAGAAGAGGCUUUUUUUUCACGAUGCCAUCUGGCUCGUUACUGUCGUCCGGGCUCUCGCCUUGUUUGUGCAGCCGCGUUGACCUUCACAAGUGCAGCACUGCUCACGAACGCGGGCCCCUGAAGAGCAUCCCGAUGGCUCUCCGACGCUCAUUAUGCGGCCCCCUGAUCCGUCACAAGGACCGCACGCCACGGAACUGUUGAUCACGGCGCGGUGCGGUGCGGCGCAGGCGUUGGUUGCGCGCGAGCACGGAGGCUGGAGAACAGCAGUGACGAACAACAUGUGUCAACACACAGCCAGACGAACAACAAAGCGUGACUGGUGUGACAGCUGUGGACGUGUUGCUAGGUAAAGUGCAGGAGCCGAGCAGCGCCUGGAACAGGCAGCUUUUGGAACAACUGUUCCUGAGCAUCUUUUCUUUCCAUGGGAACAUUGUGUCGGGUACACACACCAAUAGGAAAAUAAAAAAUACAUCUG